AGGGUUGUGUAACCAUCUGUCAGCUCUGUUGUAUCAAACAGCCCACUAUGUGCAGCUUCAUCUAAAGUCUGUCCCACCAACAGUGGCUUGCACAAGUGAACCACAGAGAUGGCAUCGACCGAGAACACAGGGCAUCAGUCCAGAGGCAGUAAGUCAACUUAUAGUCCAGAAACCAAGUUCUCUGGGGAAGACAGGAGUAAAAUCAACACUGUACAGGGCUUACACAGGUCCACUUCCAGAUCCACACAUCCUGGCUUCUGGAGCAAAACUGAACCAGAUUCACCCAAAACCUUUGUUGGCUCAUAUAUUAGGCGGCAUGUCAAAAAUGGAGUUGGUCCACUCACAGUUUGGUCCUUUACCUCGUGGCAGUCCUCUUUCCUACCACUAUCCACUCCUGGCUGCUGAUCUUCCUGCUGUAGAUUUCCCCAAUCUGCCAGUGCCUGGUAGUCAGCUUUGUACAAAUCUUAAUUUUGUUCCCACUCACCGCCAGUCCUUUCAUUUGCAGUCCAUACAAGUGUCCCAUAUCUUAUCUAGUCAGAUUGAGCAUGGUACUAGACUACAGUCAAAAUGUGCUGCCUGGGCACAAGUACGUCAACCAAGAGUCACCGCAAGCAGGUUCAGGGAAAUUUGUCAUGUGGUUGGAGAAUCUGCUAGUCAGUCAUUGGCAGCACGCAUACUAAAAGGCACAAGGCAGACAAGUGCUAUGAAACUUGGACUUGAACUUGAACCAGAUAUUUUGAAACAAUACUCUGAAACGAAGAGCGUUUCCAUUUUACCUUGCGGCUUUGUUGUUCACCCAGAUGCACAACAUCUGGGAGCCAGUCCAGAUGGGAGAGUAUAUGACCCAUCUGAAAUCUUCCCAUUUGGUCUGGUGGAAGUAAAAAGCACCUCUGCUGAAAGUGUAGGUCAGGCUUCAUUCAUUAAAAUACAAAAGGGUGAAGCCAAGCUCAAAGAAACACACAAAUAUUAUUGGCAGGUUCAAGGCCAGCUUGCAGUAACCGGUCUGCACUGGUGUGACUUUGUGACUGACACACAAUCAGACAUAACUAUCCAGAGGAUCUGGCGAGACAAUAUCUUUAUAGCAUCCAUGAAGGAGAAGUUGGACAUGUAUUACUAUUAUGUAUAUAUGGACAUGUAUCUUUCCAGGGUUUAA